CCCACUAUUAAACUAACUACUACUAUCAUACUAAAGUACUACUACUUUGCUACAUAUUCGACUUGAAGGUUAAACAUAAUUUUGUUGUUUUGUUUGAUCGUCAUCGUUUCCUAUUGUAACUUGUAACUUAAUUAUUCCUAGAAAGCUCUUUCACUCUUUCUUAGUAAUGGAUUAUCCAGUUUUAAAUUUAUUAUGUUUCGUCUUAAUUCAUUUAGACCUAUACUUAAAUUUACCCGUUGCAUUAGCAGAGUGGAACACCAAUGAUUAUUUGAAAAGGGAACAUUCACUCUACAAACCAUAUCAAGGAUCUGGAAUGGCAAUCCCUUACUGGGAUUUUUAUGGAACUACGAUGGUAACUUCAAACUACAUUCGUCUAACCCCUGAUGCACAGAGUAUGCAGGGUGCACUAUGGAAUUCAGUGCCAUGUAAUGUUCGAAACUGGGAAGUACAAAUUCAAUUUAAAGUACAUGGAAGAGGUAAAGAACUGUUUGGAGAUGGCAUGGCAUUUUGGUAUGCCAAAGACCGCAUGAAACCUGGAGCAGUAUUUGGGAACAUGGAUUUCUUCCAGGGCUUAGCUGUUAUCAUUGAUACGUACAGCAAUCACAACGGCGAACAUAAUCAUGUCCACCCUUACAUAUCAGCUAUGGUUAACAAUGGAACAUUGCACUACGACCACGAUCGAGAUGGAACCCACACUCAGUUGGCUGGCUGCUCAGCGAAACUGCGCAACUUGGACCAUGACACCCAUGUAUCUAUACGAUAUGACCAUGACAUUCUCACUGUGUCUACUGAUCUGGAGAACAAAGCUGCUUGGAAGGAGUGUUUCUCUGUGAAGGGAGUGCGUCUGCCGACAGGGUACUACUUGGGUGUCAGUGCAGCUACGGGUGAUCUGUCAGAUAACCAUGACAUUCUCUCAAUCCGCUUCUACGAGCUUGACUUGCCCAUGGAUCCGAAGGAUGAGGAAGACCGCUCUCAAAUCAUCCCCUCUGCUGCUUUCUUCGAGGCCCCAAGAGAACACAUUGAUGACCCGAAGCCAUCCUCCUGGAGUGGAGUCAAAACAUUCCUACUCAUGUUGCUGGGAGCUAUUGUACUGAUUGUUCUUGCAAUUUGUGGAAUCAUGUUUUAUCAAAAACAUCAAGAAAAUAAACGGAAGCGAUUUUACUAACUUGUACACUUUGAGAAAAAAUAAUAGAAAUCAAUUUUGUAUUUGUGUCUAUUGUGUUGGUUAAAAGUAAAUUUAAUUAAAUAAAUUACAACCUUUUAAGUAAGCAUUGUUGUAUUUAAAAUAGUUUUAGGUUAAAUAUUUAUGACUGAUUUUUGUAUAUUUUGUUAAAAGACAGUGUUAUACUCCUUCUACAUUAUUUUAUUUAUUACAUUAGGUGCAAACAUAUUUAAUUUUAUUGUAGGCUUAAAUAUAUUAUUUAACACACGAUUACUGUUUUUGAGAUUUAAAAAAUGUAAUUAAUAAUUGUGUAACAUAACUGUAUUAGGCUACUUGUACAUAAUUUUAAUAUUAGGUAAUUAGUUUGAAAUGUAAUAUACAACCUGGCUUCAAUCCACUUUGAUACUGUUAUUAUAUAUAAAUCUUGUAAGACGUUUUUAUGUAAUUCUUGCUUUAAAAUAAUAACAAAAAUUAAAUAUAAUGUCAAAAUUUUAAAUGUUAAUUUUUAAGAAGGAUCGCAGUAGAUUGCAAAACAAAUAAUGUCUCUUUAGAUAUUCAUACGUCGCCCUAGUCAUCAAUCUUCCAAUGUUGAUUUAUUAUUUUAAUGAGUACUCAUGCAUAAUGAGUGGCUAAAUUGCCAUCAUGGUUAUCAUGUAUGUUGACAUUUUUGGUGAUAGACUAAAUGAGGGCCUUGACUAUUAUUUUGUGUCUUGUGUAUGUGUUUCCUCAUAGGUAGUAAAGAUCAUUGGUUAUGA